AUGUCCGGAAAAGUCCCCGCCGCCAAAUCACAAGCUGCAAAGAAAACAACUGGCAAAACUAUUGGUUCUAGGUUUAGGAGAAAGAAGCGUACUGAAACAUUUGCACUUUACAUCUAUAAAGUGUUGAAACAGGUACAUCCAGAAACUGGAGUUUCAAAGAAAUCAAUGAGUAUUAUGAAUUCAUUCAUAAACGAUAUCUUUGAAAGAUUGGCUGUUGAAGCUACACGUUUGAUUAGAUACAACAAGAAGCGUACCCUCUCCUCCCGUGAGAUCCAAACUGCUGUUCGUUUGCUCCUCCCAGGCGAACUUUCAAAGCAUGCGGUAUCUGAAGGUACCAAAGCUGUCACCAAAUACACAACCUCAGGCGCAUAG